CUCGGCGGCGGAUGCAAAGCCUGUCCGGCCUUGAAAAGACCAUCCUGUGUCGUAAAGUGCCAGACGCCCACCCACCCGCUCAUUCCGCAGUAAAGGGGGAGCCGCUGCAAUACACGCGCGCUGCGCUUCCGCUGCUUGCGGGUUGGCGCGACGCCUUCAUCUCCGGGGGGCGUCUUGCUGCUUCGGCUCUAAAGGCGGCAGCCGCGUAGAUCCGCUAUGGGCCCCCAUCUACAUGUUCACCCGUGAGAUCAACCCGAUUGCCCCGCGCUGCCCAGAUUGAUUCCUAUCUCCGUCUCGAGCAUUUCCCCUAGUACUCGGGUCGGCGGUACAAAAUAGUCUAGCAUCUAGGCGGCGUGAUUCUUCCCCGGGGAACCAGCAGACGAUUUCAAUUUGUAAUAAUUAUAAUCGUGUAAUUGAGUGUUUAUCUAUAAUUUGAAAACCCAGUGGUUGGUUUGUUUAUAUAUUUGUGGGUUAACGUAAGUAAACUUCAUAACUACAGGCGUUUUGUCCUUCUACUUACAAGGACAGUUCAAGGUACAUCUCUGUAAAUCUUUUGCUGGAGGCACCAAAAAAUAUUGUUAGGGCAUAAUGACUGUAAUCGGAAUGUUUGUAUUAGGAGUAUGCACACUAAAAGCCAACCUGCAGUGCUGGCUUGGCUUGAAAGUUAGGGUCCUUUCAUUACUAAUGGCACAGUGAAGUAUGGUCAUAGGAGCUUGAAAACCACUACAGAUCAGGCAUCUCCAAAAUAAGACCCACAGGCUGCAUGCGCCCCUGGACAGCUAUUCAUGGGGCCCCACAAUGUAUAUGAUUUAUAUACAUUAACUAUGUUAUAUACGAUAUCUGAUAUGCAGCAAAAGACAAUUCCUAUUCACUCAGUAGCCUAGGCAAGCCAAAACGUUUGUAUACCCAGGCUAUAUAGACAAUAGAAAAUCCCAUUUCUAUCCAUCUUGUACUCAUUGCAUCCACCAAGCCUGGUCACUUGAUUUCCUGAGAAGUCUAUUGUGAAACAUUGUCUCAGGAUCCAAUAUAACUAACUGCCUGCAAACUAUCCACACACACACACACCCUCGUUAAUAUAAGCCCUGUUCAGAAAUAUGUAAGUCUGUUAAAAGCACUAAUCAAGAGGACUCAAACAGACAGCUUACUUCCAUACCUAAGGCCACAUCAGUAGGUCAUCCUGCAAGCUUUUUUUUCCAGAAGAUCCAGUGAAGAUUAUCCAGGCAAAGGGCCAAUAUAUGUAUGAUGAAAAUGGAAACCAGUACCUUGACUGUAUCAAUAAUGUUGCUCAUGUGGGGCACUGCCAUCCUGAAGUGGUCAAAGCAGCUCAUCAGCAGAAUCUACUGCUAAAUACAAACUCUCGGUAUCUGCAUGACAAUUUGGUGGAUUAUGCACAGAGACUUUCUAAAACAUUGCCGGAGAAGUUGUGUGUCUUCUAUUUUUUGAAUUCAGGAUCAGAAGCUAAUGAUCUUGCUCUGAGACUAGCACGGCAAUAUACAAAGCAUAAAGACGUUAUUGUUAUUGACCACGCUUAUCAUGGACAUCUGACAUCUUUGAUUGACAUAAGUCCAUACAAAUUCAGAAAUCUAGAUGGCCAAAAGGAAUGGGUCCAUGUGGCUCCUCUUCCUGAUACAUACAGAGGAUUAUAUAGAGAAAAUCAUAAGGAUCCAGCCACAGCAUAUGCAGAUGAAAUGAAAAAAAUUAUUGGCAAAGCACACCAAGAAAACAGAAAGUUUGCUGCACUUUUUGUAGAAUCAUUGCCCAGCGUUGCUGGACAAAUCAUUCCACCAUCUGGUUAUUUCCAAAAGGUUGCAGAGCAUAUACACAAAGCAGGAGGUGUAUUUAUUGCUGAUGAAAUUCAGGUUGGCUUUGGCAGAGUUGGCAAACAUUUUUGGGCAUUUCAACUUCAAGGAGAGGAUUUUAUUCCUGAUAUUGUUACCAUGGGAAAGCCAAUAGGGAAUGGACAUCCUGUGGCUUGUGUAGCAACAACAAAGGAAAUUGCAGAGGCCUUUUCAACAACAGGAGUAGAGUAUUUUAACACAUUUGGAGGAAAUCCGGUGUCCUGUGCAAUAGGCCUAACAGUCCUGGAUAUUAUUGAGAAAGAAGAGCUUCAAACCCAUGCUCUUCGUGUGGGAAACUUCCUUAUGGAACUACUCAAUCAACAAAAAGCUAAACAUCCUCUAAUUGGAGAUAUCAGGGGUGUUGGACUAUUUAUUGGUGUAGAUUUAGUACAAGACCAAGAGAAAAGAUCACCUGCUACCAAAGAAGCAGAAUUCAUCGUAACAAGAUUAAAGAAAGAAUUCAUUAUGCUGAGCACAGAUGGGCCAGGCAGAAAUGUGCUUAAGUUCAAGCCACCACUGUGUUUCAAUACAAAGGAUGCAGAGUUAGUUGUUGAUAAACUUGAUAUGAUAUUAACAGAAUUGGAGAUACGAAAAACCUAGAUAAUGAUUUCCAAAGCUACAAGAGGAUACAGGCAUGGUGCAGAAUUCUACCAUUUUUCUACACUUAAAACUACAAUAAUAAAAUUCUGCCUUCUUCAAGCUUUCAUAAUCCAGUCUAUAUAGUUUUACUGAAUUGCUGACAUUUUUAGCAAUACAGCUUGUGAUUUUUCAGCUCUAUUGCUAUUAUCUCUACUAAUGCAACUCUUAAUAUAGUAGAGAAGAAUUAACAUGAUUUAUCCAGAAAAUAUAGCUUGUCAUCCUUGUGCUAUACAGGUUGCAGUACAAUAUAUAUUUUUAUUUCUACCUAUAUUUCACAAUUAGCACCUUUGAUCUAAUAAGUCCGUUUUCUUUGUAACAUUUUAUUAACAAAUUGGUAGGCACACAUUAUUUAAUAAAACAUCCAAACAUUAGACUCAUGAGAAUUGUUUUUUUAAGAUUUGUAACAUCUUAUAGAAAUGUUUUAUUUACGAAAGAAAGUAUUGUCACCAACGCUGACAACCUAUUUUUAUUUGGAAAGCAUAGCUCUCCCAUUACAAUAAUUCAGAAAUAAAGAAGAAUGCUCAUUUUAAAAAGCUGACAGAACAAAAAGUAUUUAUACCAAAAAUGUUGUAACUGAUGAAAAGCAACCCAUUUUCUAAAGACAAUGUCUAACAACUAUCUUCAAACAUGUUACCUGUUUUUCUGUACUACUGAGAUGGCAUUCCAUCACUAAAGAUGGUUCUAUGUCUGAAAGUCAUAACAGUAUCAGAUUGGUACCUCUUAUUUCUCUAUAAGCAAUUUCUUUCCUCUCUUAGCUACAGCUAAUUUUCUGUAUUUCACUAGAAAAUGCAUUUUCUAGUGUAAAAUCCUGUUUAUAUUUGCUAUGACAGGCUCUGAUGUUUCAAUCCCUAAGAUCUGUGACUUGAAGCAAAUAAAAACAUAUUUUUUAAAAAAA